AUGGCUUCAGCAAUGGAACUAAAAGAAAAUUUCGAGGCAUGGUUACGGACCAUCGUUGAAGGAAAAGGGAAGAACACAAGACUGUUCUCGCUUGAAAAAGUGAAAGAUAUUAUAUCAAGGUUAUCAAAGGAUCUAGAAAGUGAUGCUAUCACCACUAUUGAUUAUAACUAUCGUUCAAGAUAUGGGAAUCUUAAGUCACUUCCUGACGAGGAUUAUAAAUACAUCCUAACUUACGUUAAUCAUUUUACCAAAUAUUGUGUGUUAAGCCCCCUUAAAUCUAAAAGAGCAGAAGAGGUAGCUCAGACACUUCUACCUGCGUUUUUAACAUUCGGUGCUCCCGCAGUACUGCAAAGUGACAACGGUAGGGAAUUUGUGAAUUCUGUGAUAUCCGAAUAUUUGAAUACUGCAAUAUUUUGCCCAAUAUUUUGGCCACAAUUGCAGCUAGUGACAGGUCGGCCAAGGCAUCCCCAAAGCCAAGGAGCAGUGGAGCGACUCAAUGGUGUAAUCCAGGAUAAAUUGAAGAUAUGGAUGCGAGAGAAUAAUUCCAAGAAAUGGAAUAUUGGCUUAAAAUUUGUUCAGUGGCAAGUAAAUAUCUCGAAGCAUGAGAAAACGAAACAUGCACCAUUUAAGGCCACCUUUGAAGAAGAACCGUCAGUUGUUCUUUCUUCAACAAAUCUUCCUGAAUCAGUUUUGGAUGGCAUAUGCUACGAAGAAGAUCUUGACAAGUUUGUUGCCAGAUCUACUGCCAUCGUUUCAACGCUUAUAACGUCAUCCUACUGCGCCUAUGAUAUGGUAACAAUGUUUGUCCGUUGGACAUUGUUCGACCAGAGCAAUUACCAUGUUACACAUUAUCUGCUUUGCAGUAGCCACCAUUAUUUAUCGUACCGCACUGAACACACUACUGGCAUCGUCGGGCACACCCACCUCUCCAUCGCCUCACCCAUGUGGACGACAUUCACGGGGAAGCCCGCCAGAAUUUGCCAGUCAACCCCGGAGCACAAUAAACGUGGUGCCUACCGCAAAGAUGACAUUGUGUAG